AUGACAGCCCCGGCUAAUUAUUGCCGUGUCAAUCGGUCGAGUCAGGAGUACCAUACCGGAACUCUGGGGCUUCGGAAGAGAUCGCAAUCUUAUACUUUGGUACUCUCUCAUCUAGCAGUAUUACUGCUCGGAGUGAUCAUUGGAGCUUCGGUCCGAAAAUUGGUUGUCAGCAACACCUGCCCGGCGAGCAAUCGGACCAUGUCGACACCUAUUCCUGCAAGUGUCUUCACUCCAACCCUUCCGACGGUGAUGACUCCCGAUGAGCGUUUUGUCGGAUGGAACGACGCGGUCAAUCAGAAUUGGCUCACGAUACUUGAAGGCACUGGUGAUGGCGUUUGGAUACCAAAUGCGGGUGAUUACGGCCUGGCCGAGGGUUUCCAACCGCCAUUCAAUGGAGAGGAGAGUGGAAACGCAACGAAGCGUUUCUACCAUAUCAGCAAUCAACAUCAAUUGCACUGCCUGGUACGCUCCGUUUAUCAUCUUGAAAAGGUUGAAUCUUGGUCUCGCUUACAGCGCCUUUUGUGCAAAGAACAUAGUUAG